AUGGCUUCCUCUUCCAAAGACAUUCCACAUGAAGCGUGGUCACGGCACAAAGAUCGCAUUCUAAAGCUUCGUUUCGACGAACGCCUUCCACUUGACGCCGCCAAAUCAAAAUCUAGAAAUAUCGUUCAGGUCAUGAAAGACGACCAUGGAUUUGAAGCGACCGCGGCGCAGUAUGAAACACAGCUCAAAAAAUGGAAAGCAGCCAAGAACAUCAAGAGGAAAGACUGGGAAAUGAUUCUUCCCAUCUACGAAGAUCUCGACAACCGCGGCCUCAAGCCCCGUGUAAGGCUUGGUGAUCAGAUUCUUGAAGAGAAAAAGGUCAAGAAAGCACGCUGCCGCUAUCUUACAUCAGACCGGGCGGAGAUUGAUGGGAGAGAUGUCCUAUCAGAAUUCUCUGGAGAGACGCGUCUCUGGCACAUAGAAUACUGCCAUGAGGAUGGCACAUACGCCGAACACUUUGGCGGACAUUUAGGGGAGAAUAAUAGGCAGACCUCACCCCAGAUGGCUCUAUCUCUAAGCGAAACGAACGCCUUUCCAUCCCCAAUCCAAGAUCGAUCCGCGCAAGAGAGUUUCACCCCGGAAUUAGGCCAAUAUCAAGAGAGCACCGCGAACUGUGAAUUUGAGAAGUUCGGUCUGAGUCCUGACCACGUCUACGCUCUAUGGGCAAGCUUGAACGGAAACUCCAUGCCGGACCCAGGUGGUGUAAACCCGGAAUCUUUGUUCUUCUCUUUUAAUUUUUGGGAUCCGCCCUACCCACGGAUGUACGACAUUUACAACUGUGUACCGCUUCCAGCCCCGUCAUUAUAUAAGCCCUAUUUGGAUCUUUCAAAAGACCAAAUCAAUUCUGCGCUUGGUGGUAUUCUGAAAGAUCCUGCUUUUAGGAUGACCGCGGAUACACACUCUGUCUCCGCUCAGCAUAUCAUAGACAGCCUGCAAUCCUUGCUUUACGAUUAUAGGUGUGGCCAGGAAAUGUCGAGGGAGCUCGGCGUAGUAGCCCACCAGGAUAUUCCAACACCCGAAAUAUUCAAGCGUGUCAUCUUUUCGAUUGCCAACAACUUUGCUGGACUCACAGCUAUCCCGCGGGCUAUCGUUUUGGGCAUACUGAAGAGCUUGUUCUCUAAGGCGAAACUGGACCCCGUGGCCUGUCUCAAAUCGCAGAGUAUAAAAAUCUCAAAACCCCUAGCUGACAAUCUCUUUCGUGCUGCUGUUGAAGCUGGCGACGAGGAAUUAGUCGGCAUCAUCCUCGACACCACAUCCCGCCAAGACAACGUGGUUAACAUCAAUGAGAUAGUCUGCGAAGUGGGCCGCAUGCGAUAUUCGGCACUGUCUUUGGCGGCGUAUUUGCAUCGCCCGGCCAUGGUGCGGAAGUUGCUCCGGCAUGGUGCCAAAAUUGGCGGAGAUAGUUGUGGUUGCCGAAAUAAACAUUUUCAGGACUGCCCAGACUAUUGGACCCGCGAUUGCCCGCUGACUGUAAUAUUCGACCAGUACAGACAGCCGAAGUAUCAAGAGGCCUACAUGAAGCAGCCUCAUCUCGCUUGUAAUGAGAGCGAGGCAACUGAGAUUGUGAAACUGAUACUACAUCGUAAGCCUGCAAUGGUGGCACGGUUGCUCAAGCAUCCUUGGUUCUUUGAGAUAACUAGUGAUCGGCUACUGGAACUGUUAGUUCAAGCCGUGCCUCCAGGCUGUCAUGAUGAAAUCCUUGAGUUGCUGAGCGAACCAGAGGAAACUUCCACCACAACGUGCCGGGGACUGCAACCCUUCGUGGGGAGAUUGGAGCCACAGAGGGCAAAGUAUAUCGUCCGUACUAUGCUCUCAAAAUGGCAGAGGAUGGGGCGCAAACCUAAUAAGAUGAACAUAGCAUUCAACUAUGUCACCAACCGGGCGAUCUUAAGCAAACAAUCUGACGUAGCGGAUUAUUUUCUGACUAUAACCCAACCAGACCAAGGUAAUCUUGCUGCUGCUAUUCGCGGUAGGCGAACACAGCUUGUGGACUCGCUCUUGGAACAGCAUGUCUCGUUGAUUUACGGGGAUCCUCCAUGUUGCGAUGAUGAUAUGUCUCAUCCCUACAUUUCAAAUGAGUGCUCGAAACCGACGACACCCCUGGCUGAGGCAAUACGAUUACAAGACCCCUAUCUCAUAACGCGCCUUGAGGAAUAUGGGGCACUGAAGGGAAUAGAAAACGGGGUCCCAGAGUAUUUCACUGCUGCACUCUUCGCAACAGUGGAAGUAGGAGAUUGCCUUUAUCUGAGACAGCUUCUGGCUACGAAGCCUUCCACCCGCUGGAUCCAGGGGUGGAAUUCUGCUAUUGUUGACGCGAUUAAGUUGUCCCACUUCGAAAUAGCUAUUGCUUUGAUCAGCUACGAUGUCGCGAGUUGGCUCGAAAAAGAGUCAGGUGUGGUGGAAGCGGCGGUGAACAGCGGGAAUACCGAGCUUGUGCAAACAAUACUUGACCUCACUGAUGAUUUCAAUGUUCACAAGAAAGUCGUCAUGGCAUCUGUGCAACAGGGCGAUACGAACGCUGUUGAGGCAUUGCUUGAGCUGGAUAGCCAAUCAUUGAGAGAUGCACUUGUUAUAGCAGUCAAGAGUGGCAAUGUCGAGCUGGCAGCCAUGCUCCUGAAGCGAGGCGCGUGCCCGACAGGUCUUUUUGAGGCAAUUCAAGUGGGUGAUUUGAAUCUAGUGAAGCUCCUGCUGAGACACGGCGCCGAUCCUGCGGAUGAAUUCGCCUUUUCAGUCGCUAUUCAUACAGGCAAUACUCAGCUAAUGAAUAUUCUUCUGGAAGCCUUUGCCGCAAGGUAUCCAGACGGAAAUCAGGAUUUCAUACAAAUAUUCAUUUUCAGAGCAAUCAAAGAUCGCAGUUUCGUUGAUCUGGAUUUAUUGCUGAAAUUAACUUCGCAUCCGAAUCGAUGGGUUGACUCUUCGAAAAGGUGCAUUUUUGUCGAGGCGAUUGCAAUGUGCGGGGAAAAUGAAGUCGAGGGCAACGAAAUCGUACGCCGUUUCAUCAAUGCCGGCGUAAGCUUAGAAUUCCAAGACAAAUAUGGGAUGACUGCAUUCCUCCAGGCUGUAAAGAACAACAACUUGCAGCUCGUUGAGUUUCUCCUACAGAACGGUGCGAAUAUCAACCGUCCAGCGCGAUGGGGUGUAAAACGGACACCUCUACAGCAGGCUUGUGAGAUGGGCAAUUUCGAGAUGGUCAGGUUUCUAGUGACUCGAGGCGCAGUGAUCAAUGCUCCUCCGGCCAAGGAUGGAGGCGCAACCGCCUUACAACUUGCUGCAAUUAGCGGCAAUUUGCAAAUUGUCGAAUUUCUUCUAUACAAUGGAGCUAAAAUCCACGCAGAGCGAGCUCUCAAGAAUGGCAGAACCGCUCUUGAAGGGGCAGCAGAGCACGGUAGGGUCAGUGUGCUAGAUAUUUUACUCCAACUAGGGGCACAGGAGUAUAGCAGAGAUGAUAUUUCCAAGGCCAAGGUAUAUGCAGAGAAGGAAAAGCAACGUGGCUGUAAGGAGAGGCUCGAGCAAGCUCUCUUCGGGGCAAGAAUCCUGACUGGGACACCUCUGAAUUGA